CGGGCAUAAUCGAAUUAUUUUGAUAAUCGAAUUAUAAGUAAUCGAAUUGUACGAAUAAUCGAAUUAUCAUUCGAAUUAAAAAUCAUUCGCAAUGCGCAGGAGAAUCACUCAAUAGACAUUGACAAUUUACGCAUUCAUAGUUACGAUCACUGUUCCGGGUAAUAAGUAUCGAUAUCGAGUCGUGCUGUACAUUCGUUUAAUUUAUAAUUUAUAUCAAUCAAAAAUGAGACCGGGUCCAAAGAAAACUUCUUCAGUUUGGGAACAUUUUAAUAAAAUCAGUGAUAGAAGUGUCAAGUGUAAUAUUUGUAACAAGACUUUAAAAUUCUUUGGCAAUACUACCAAUUUAAAUCAACAUUUAAAACGUAUUCAUCCUACGCUCACGCUCUCUUCAACCAAUAAGCCAACUUCGAAUAUGAGUUUUAUUACGGGUAACGAAAACGAACGUGACACUCUUGACAGCAGAGGACAAGAUCUAAGUACAGGGACAGGGCCGUCUGCAGUAGCGGAUAAGGAAAAUACAAGACCAACAUCAGCCAGAUUGGUUGCAAAAAGUGGAGCUGCACCCCCUAAACUAUUUGGUGCCACUAGUGCAGAACUCGGUGAAAGUGAGAUCAAAAAUAUAGAUAGAGCUUUGAUAAAAAUGAUAACGAAUGAUUAUCAACCCUUGUCUAUUGUGGAAGAUAAGGGUUUCAUAGAAUAUUCAAACUUGCUUCGACCACAGUACAAGUUACCUAAUAGAAAAAAAUUGUCAAACGACAUCUUACCAAGUAUUUAUGCAGAACAAGUUGAAGAAUUAAAAUUACUUCUGAAUGACACCAGUAGUGUUUCUGUCACUACUGAUAUCUGGACGUCAGACAGCAAUAGAGGUUACAUCACGGUGACGUGCCAUUUUAUUUACAAUGAUGAAUUUCAUUCCCACGUGUUAUCAACAGAAGAAAUAAUUGGAAAUCAUUCAGGUGAACUUAUUUCAACUGUUCUUAGUGAUAUUUUCAAUAUAUGGAAUAUUUCAAAUAAAAUAAUUACCAUUGUCUCCGACAAUGGAUCAAAUAUAAAAUGUGCAAUCAACGAUUUCCUACAAAAACAUCACCAUCCCUGUGUUGCGCAUACACUAAAUUUGAGUGUCACUGAUGCAUUGAACAGUAACCCGAAUUUUCAAGGUAUUGUUAAAAAAUUUAAAACAAUAGUAGGCCAUUUCAGCCAUAGUGUUUUAGCGUGCAAUAAACUGAAGUCAGUCCAAGAGCAAAUGGGAUUUCCAGUUUUGAAGCUGAAACAAGACGUUUCCACCAGAUGGAAUUCCACCCUGAUCAUGUUAGAAAGACUAGUAAAAGUGAAGGACGCCCUUUCGAUGACCAUCAUUAGCAUUACUAAGGCACCAGAGUUCUUGGAUGCUGAUGAGUGGGCUGUUAUCGAAGAUAGCAUUUUUCUACUCAAACCUUUAGAAGUAAUGACAGCAACUCUAUUUGCAGACACAUAUCCAACGAUUUCAAUGGUUAUUCCUCUUGUAAGAGGUCUUCAGCACUCCCUCGUGAACUGGAAAUCAAAAACGGAUAUUUGUGAAACUCUGAGGAAGAAUUUGAUUGACACCAUCGCCCGUCGUCUUGGAAUUCUAGAAUGCAACAAAAUUAUCUCAAAAGCGACAUUUUUAGAUCCGAGGUUUAAGAAAUUAGCAUUCGGUAAUGAUAUUAAUGCCAACAAUGCCCAAAUAUGGGUGAGUGAAGAACUUACAAGUCUAAUUAAUGAAAAGAAUCAGGUACCAACUGGUGUAGAUGAGGUUGAAUUCCAGUCAAAACCACAGGAUCUCGACACAAACAGAAAUUGUGAUAUUUGGUCGCAUUUUGAUAACAAAGUGGCGAAAGCAAAGUCAAUUACGACACCUCUGACUAUUGUGACGUUGAUGAUACGGCAGUAUCUUGAAAUGCCUUAUUAUGAGAGGAAAAGUAAUCCAAUGGAAUUCUGGAAAACACACAAAAGUACUUUUCCAGAGUUGUACAAAUUGGCUCUUAAGUAUUUAUCCAUACCCGUUACAUCGGUCCCAUCAGAACGGGUAUUUUCCAAAACAGGACAAUUGACAAAUUUGAGAAGAAAUCGUCUACCUCCCAAACAUCUUGAUGAAAUAAUUUUUUUUAAUAGUAUAUGAAUAGCACCUUAUUAGAUUGAACUGUGAUUUUGAUGUGAUUUUAACUGUCUUAGAACGUUUUAUUUUCAUAUUGAGAAUUUAUUUUAUUUUUAUAUU